AUGGAGGGCGAGAGCGGGAGCCCGUGGGCCCUGGGGCUGCUGCGCACCUUCGACGCGGGCGAGUUCGCCGGCUGGGAGAAGGUCGGCUCGGGCGGCUUCGGGCAGGUGUACAAGGUGCGCCAUGUCCACUGGAAGACGUGGCUCGCCAUCAAGUGCUCGCCCAGCCUGCACGUCGACGACAGGGAGCGCGUGGAGCUUCUGGAAGAAGCCAAGAAGAUGGAGAUGGCUAAGUUCCGCUACAUCCUGCCCGUGUACGGCAUAUGCCGGGAGCCCGCCGGCCUGGUCAUGGAGUACAUGGAGACCGGCUCGCUGGAGAAGCUGCUGGCCUCCGAGCCGUUGCCGUGGGACCUGCGCUUCCGUAUCGUCCACGAGACGGCCGUGGGCAUGAACUUCCUGCACUGCAUGUCCCCGCCUCUCCUCCACCUGGACCUCAAGCCCGCAAACAUCUUGCUGGACGCCCACUACCACGUCAAGAUUUCCGAUUUUGGGCUGGCCAAGUGCAACGGGCUGUCCCACUCCCAUGACCUCAGCAUGGAUGGCCUGUUCGGCACCAUCGCCUACCUCCCCCCAGAGCGCAUCCGGGAGAAGAGCCGGCUCUUCGACACCAAGCACGACGUGUACAGCUUUGCCAUUGUGAUCUGGGGUGUGCUCACACAGAAGAAACCGUUCGCAGAUGAGAAGAACAUCCUGCGCAUCAUGGUGAAGGUGGUGAAGGGCCACCGCCCCGAGCUGCCGCCCGUGUGCAGAGCCCGGCCGCGGGCCUGUGGGAACCUCGUGCGCCUCAUGCAGAGGUGCUGGCACGGGGAGCCGCGAGAACGGCCCACCUUCCAGGAAAUUACGUCUGAAACCGAGGACCUGUGUGAGAAACCCGAUGGUGAUGUGAAGGAGACAGCUCAAGAUCUGGGCGCGAAGCAGCCCCUAGAGCCCAAGAGCCCGAAGCCCGUGUGCUCGCCUCUCAAGCGGGCCUCCGCCCCGACCUUCGACAGCAACUACAGCCUCUCCGAGCUCCUGUCCCAGCUGGACUCGGGCACCUCGCAGACCCUCGCGGGCCCGGAGGAGCUCAGCCGCAGCUGCUCCGAAUCCAGGCUGCAGUCGGCCAGCAGCAGCAAGAGGCUCUCGGGGGUGUCUUCCGUCGACUCUGCCUUCUCCUCCAGAGGGUCGCUGUCCUUGUCUUUCGAGCGGGAGCCUUCCACGGGCGAUCUCGGCACGGCAGACGUCCAGAAGAAGAAGCUCGUGGAUGCCAUCGUGAACGGGGACACCAGCAGGCUGAUGAAGAUCCUCCAGCCCCAGGACGUCGACCUGGUCGUGGACGGCGGCUCCAGCCUGCUGCACGUGGCCGUGGAGGCCGGGCAGGAGGAGUGCGUCAAGUGGCUGCUGCUCAAUAACGCCAACCCCAACCUGACCGACCGGAAGGGCUCCACCCCCCUCCACGUGGCCGUGGAGAAGAGGGUGCGGGGCGUCGUGGAGCUCCUGCUGGCCCGCAAGAUCAGCGUCAACGCCGCGGACGAGGACCGCUGGACGGCCCUGCACUUUGCGGCCCAGAACGGGGACGAGUUCAGCACGCGGCUGCUGCUGGAGAAGAGCGCCUCCGCGAACGAGGCGGACUGCGAGGGCCGCACCCCCGUGCACGUGGCCUGCCAGCACGGCCAGGAGAGCAUCGUGCGGAUCCUGCUCCGCCGGGGCGGCGACGUGGGGCUGCGGGGCAAGGACGCCUGGGGGCCGCUGCACUACGCCGCCUGGCAGGGCCACCUGCCCGUCGUCAAGCUGCUGGCCAAGCAGCCGGGCGUGAGCGUGGACGCGCAGACGCUGGACGGGAGGACGCCGCUGCACCUGGCCGCCCAGCGGGGGCACUACCGCGUGGCCCGCGUGCUCAUCGACCUGCGCGCGGACGUCAACGUCUGCAACCUGCUCUCGCAGACGCCCCUGCACGUGGCCGCGGAGACGGGGCACACGAGCACCGCCCGGCUGCUGCUGCACCGGGGCGCCAGCAGGGAGGCGGUGACCUCCGAGGGCUGCACCGCCUUGCACCUGGCGUCGCGGAACGGGCACCUGGCGACCGUCAGGCUGCUGGUGGAGGAGAAGGCCGACGUGCUGGCCCGGGGGCCCCGGGGCCAGACGGCCCUGCACCUGGCCGCCGCCGGCGGGCACACGGAGGUGGUGGAGGAGCUGGCCAGUGCCGACGCGCUCGACCUGUCCGACGCUCAGGGGCUCAGCGCGCUGCACCUGGCCGCCCGGGGCCGGCACGCCAAGACGGUGGAGACGCUGCUUCGACACGGGGCCCACGUCAACCUGCAGAGCCUCAAGUUCCAGGGCGGCCCCGUCCCCGACCCCGCGCUGCUCCGGCGGAGCAAGACCUAGCCUGGGGACCCCGUGCGGGGUCCCUGGCCCGUCGCGUUCCGCCGCGGGGACAGAAUGACGCCGGGCCGGCCGGCGCCGCGCGCCUCGUCUGCGGCCCGGCGGGGCGUUGACCGGGCGGCCGGCGAGAGGCCGGUGACCGCCGACUCCUGAUUCGUCCGGGGCAUCCGCUCGGCCGCGUUUCCCUCCGGAGGCAGCUGGCGAGAAUGCACUUGGCUGUCGACCCGUCCGCCGCUCGGCAGCCCCGCCUUCCGCGCUGGGGGGUGGGGAGGGAAGACGGGUCGGAAUCAUUUCGUGGCGUGUCUUGCUCCUACUGUGGGUCCGUCGGUGGCAAAGCCGUGGGUGGGGCGCAGUUCACCCCGGCCUCAGCCGAGCCACCUGGGACCGCUCGGAGCGCAGCUUCUGGGGAGGCGGGAGCGGGAGGCGCCGUGUCUUUUUAUCUGCGUACCCAGCGGCAGGCAGAAGACCCUGUUUCCGGAAGUUUUAGUGGAAUUCUUGUUUCGUAGGCUGCCUUUAAUAGACGAACGCGGAAUCGCCUGUUGCUUUAAACCUCUUAAAAAAAGUCCGUGUCGGCGGGUUGUCUGGUUUGUGAAGAGUGAACGUAAAGUCAUAAGGUUGGUUUUGAAAAGCGAACGAACAGCAAAUCCGACCGGCUCUUUCAUGUCCGAGUUUGCCCUCCGCUCAGCGGUCGCGGGGGGCCGCACGCGCACCCCGACGGUGCUACUUGCCGUCGUUCCUUGUUGCCCGAGAGGCGUUUGGAACUCUGGCGCGAACUGUGGCAAGACAACGUUCAUGCUUCAUCGUUUCGGUUCGGGACGUCAGUGUUAUUUAGCUAGACGAGCCCCCCUCAGCCGGGGGUUUCUUUCCCGCUCUGAUGUUUGGUGCGGCGGUUAUCCGUGCGGAGUGCUAGUGUCCUGGGGUCUUAGGAGUUUUCUGACCUGCCGGACAAACGCCUGCGUCGUGCGGGAGCCUUGGCCUUAGGAUGUCACCCCCGAGGCGGCUCUAGGAGACAACGGCACGCUCUUGGAUGUAAAAGAUGCAAUCCUAGCCGUGUUCCUUCCGUGUCCCCUGUGGUGCCCCCUGUGGUGCCCCCUGAACACUGUGGACUAGGUUUGCCGCAGGGCGUGAGCCUGCGUGCAGACAUGUGCUGUGGCCUGGUGCACAAUACCGAGAUUGACGUUAACGUACCGUGUAUGUUAAUGUGAAUCUGUGGGCAGGAUACUUCUUUUCUAUGACAGGAAAUAUCCGUACCGCUUAGAACUGGCUAUGUUUUAAUAUGCCUCCUGCGUUCACUCCAAUAUGCUACCGUUGUAUAGAACGUGUGGAAGACAGUUCUGUUCAAUGCCAAUAAAACGAAGUCCUCUUCUACUCUUGGA